UUUCUAGCAGCAAACCUUUGUUCCUGCGUGACGAGCUGUGUGUCUCAUCUCCCUGUGUUCCCCUCUGGUUCUCUGGCUGCCCCAUUUGGAUCUCGACUUCCCGCCUGGACACGGACUUUGACGCCUCCCUCCUCCUCUCGACCUCACGUCUGUCUCUCUGAUCUCCGAGCUUGUUUUGCCCCCCUUGAACUACCGCACCUCGCUCAACACUUGCGGGUAACACUCUUCAGGCAACCGAGACACAAGUCCAAGAAAAAAAGACAUCCGGAACGACCCAAAUUGACUACUUAGCACAUCAUCCGGACUUGUGGAGAAUAAACGAUCUCAGCAUGAUGACCUCCUCGCUGCCUUUCUUGGUCGACCAUGACCGUUUGAAGCUCAGGGUGGAGAAGAAGAUGAGGAAUAUUUUCAUAACGCAGCCUGAUGAUAUCAGGCCGAGAGAGGAGAAUGUUAAUUACAUACCAAUUGUGACUGAGGAUCCUAGCAGGAUCCUUAAAGCUGGAGUGAACACGCUACAAAAGACUCUGGUUCUGAAGAAACAAGCAGAGCUGGAAGAGGUGAACAACCUUCUUGCCCUCAAAACAGAUGAAUUCAAGAGAAAUGUGGAGGCUCUGUCUAAGAGAAGGACUGAAUUGGAAACCAAACACCAGGAGACUAAAGAAAAAGCGAUGAAAUUUGUGGAAUUUGUGAAUGCAAAUGAAGCAAAGCGCAGCCGAGCCUUGCAGGAGUACAAAGCUGUGCGGGAACAAAACUUGGUGAAGCAGAAGGAGACGGAGGAGCUGACAAAGCAGCUGCAGCAACUUCAAGCCAGGAGGCACAUUUUAAAGGACAGGAUAACAAAACACAAAAUCUAUGAGGACUACUUGCUGAAAACAUUGGAUUAUCUCCCAAACAACCACCUUGAGAGGGACUCUGACUGCGCGGUCACGCCUGUCAUCCAGCGCCACGAGACCCUGUCCGUCACCCACCAGCAGCUGCUGCAGCGUCUGGGCCGUGUGGAGGAGGAGGUGGAGCUCCACAGGCGACAACUACACGCCAUGAAGCAAGGACACAGCAUGCAUAAAUUGAUGGCAAGUAAGGAAAUGUAUGAACUUCAGAGGCAGUUGGAGAGCCUCAAAGAGAAGAACAAGCAGGAAGAAGACAAACUUUUGAUGGAGCAGGGCCAGUCCAGAAAUAAGGCUGAAGAAGUGGGAAGUUUAAUCCUGGCCGUCAACAACCUUGCAGAGCAGUGUUAUUUACCGUCCUAUGGACCUCUGGAGAGCAUGAACGCGUCAACAAUGAUGGACAUGGUGAAGGAGUAUUUUGCAGACAAGGCCGACACAGAGAAGAGAGCCAGGAGACUGAUGAUGGAGUGCGGUUCCCAAGCGACCAUCAAAACUGCUUUGACGGACAAGAGAGCGAGAGUAUCACUGCACAGCUUUGGCAGUAAAAGCCAAAUCAAAAGUCCAAGUAAAGUCAGCAGGAGGAGCCAGGAAUCGUGUUAAGAAGCUACUAUCCUUUACUACUACAUUAACUUACUGUGAAUUGUUCGGCACAUGUAUAUUAUAAUGUUGUAUGUUGAGAUUAAUAUGAAAAUAAAAGGAGUCAGAACUAU